GUAUUCCACCUAAUGAACAAUCAGAUGAUUCAUUUUCUUCACUUUGCUUGCAAGCAGGCUGGAAAAGGAGGAGAAUUGUCACAGAAUGAGAUAACAGUUAUAGCUGGAGCGCUUGAGCUCACUGAAAAAACAGCAAAAGAUGCAAUGACUCCUUUAUCUGAAACUUUUUCCAUUGACAUCAAUGCCAAACUUGACAGGGCACAGCAGAGUACCAGUUUAUUAUGAGCAGCCAAACAACAUUAUUGGACUCAUUCUGGUAAGUCCAGUUGAUUUACUACAGUAUUCCACAAGUAACUUCUAUACUCAUUUGAUGAUUAUAUGAAGCCCACCGUUCUACUCUAUACUCUGCUGGUAACAACCUUUUUCCCAGUCCAUAUCAGCUCUAAAGUAUGAGUUUUAUUGAUUUUCAUAAUUUCAUUCCAGAUUUCCACUUCAUGCAUCAUACUAGUUUUUGUUGGCUAGGCAUGGGAUCAUCCUAUAAUUCACAUGAAGAGAUAAAAGGAGAUCAAAUCUUUGCAUCUGUACUGAAAUUGUGAUGAACAAUGAAGCCCCUCAAAAUAACUAAGUUCUUAAGAUGUCAUCAGAAUCUUCAGAUGUUAUCUAAGUUCUUACUAGCUUCUUCAUGAUUAAAUAAAACUCAUUGGGAAUCUUUAGCACAUAAGGUACAAUUAUUUUUGGUUCAUAAUUACAACUUAAUGACCCCACCUAGUGGGAUUAAGGUUUGUAAGCACAACUUAAUGGAGUAAUAGGAACCAGUGGAAAUGUAGAGCAGUACAGAAGAACUCGUCCUGAAUCUAGCCUGCAGAUUAGUAAGUCCAUCAACACCAUUGACUACAUAUAUAGCCCAUGUGUUUCCCUUGAUUGUGUCCAACGAUUAAGUUGGCUUAAAAGUAAACAUCCACUAUUAAGUGUACAUGUUCCCUUCAGUAGUUUGAUACAUUGAUCUCAUUCUACAUUUCUGAUUGUUGUACUUCAUCUUUUGUUUAAACAAAAAUACAUUACCCAGUCUCAGCUGGGAAAACCACCCCCCAAGCAAGAUUCUGGGUCACUUUUAAUAGGAUCUGCCUUCCCACCACCAUCCACAGCAAGCUAACUCUGGUCAUAGACACCUCGGCCGCCUCCAAAUAAGAUAUGUCUUUUUUCUCGGCUAGGUGCAGCUCCUAAGGUCAUGAAAUUCUGAAGUUGAACGCUGCAUCCACCCAACCUUCAUCCUUGGCUUGGAGAUGUAGAUGAAAUCCAUUUUGCCAACUGGGUCUCCUACCACUUGCAAGCAUUUCUUAAUUUACUUCAAGAAUAUCCUUUGACAGGACAGGAGGACAUAAGGGAGGAAAGUGAUAGAACUCUUCUCAAAAAUUGAUUGAACUUUCACUCAAAAACAGUAGGAAUUCCUCACUUACAGUAGCUUCAACAAUGGAUGUAGCAAAAACAAUGAAAGAAAAACCAAAUAGGCCUAUUCGAGAGGGCCUCUCUCUCCCACGACUUCUCUAACAGAAUUUUCCACACCUCUCUCUCCUUCUCUUCUCCCUUAUAUACUUACUCCUCCCACUCGUUCCAGCCACAUGCUAGAAUAUUCUCUUCUAACUAACUUGUGACUUUUUUUAGCCUUGGGUCAUUUUACUUGGUUGCCCCCCCCUCCCUUUGGGUCCCCCACCCCUUUUCCCCUCCUUCUUUCUCCUCUGAUAUGUUUGUUUAAUGGGAGUCCUAACAAAAAACCCAUCAUGAAGGAUCGUGUUUACCAUUCAUCCUUUUUAUGGUGCCCUUUUUGGAGAAAGAAUCUCAAGAAUAAGCACACCUCCCAAAGUUCUCUUCUAUGUGUGGAUAGCUGCGCUUGAUGCAUCAUGAAUAUUGAUAAUUAAGGAAGAUUUGUACACCUCCAUAGGUGCUUUGGCAUGUAAGUGAAUCAUAUUCUUCCAAUUUCAUGUUUCAUUUUGGGUCUACAAUGGCCCAUGCCUCUGAUAAGCCACCGGUAGGUGUACCGGACCUACCAUAGACCAGCAAGCAUGAAGGGGAGAAUAGGGAAUUAGCACAUGCAAGGUUGUGACAACCAGCAUGUGUGCAUGGGGGGUAGUUUUGUAAUCCAUAGGCUGAGGGAAUAAUCUGCAUGUGCAAGGGAAUUCAGUUAGAGAGGGGCAAAGGAGCAAUAUAAAGAGCUGAGAAGAAGAGGGAGGGGGUAGCUAGUUUUUGAUAGAAGAAUUGGGAGAGUAAGGGCCUCUCGAAUGCCCUGGUUUGUUCUUGUUUUCUGUUGAAAAGUAUUGGAAACUAUUGAUAUUUGAUUGUUGUUUGGAUUUGCUAUAUGGUAUCCUAUCAAUUUGGUAUCAGAGCAUCAUCGAUCCUAAUGGUCAACUUGACGGAUCGAGUAGGGGAAUUGGAAGGGAGGAUGGACAGCUUGCAAUGGGGAAUGGAUGCCAUGAGGAGUGAGGUUCAAUCAGUGGGGAAGAAGGUAGCGAGCUUGCUGAAACAGUUCACUUGGAUGAGAGCAAGGUGGGAAGAGCAGGAACGGGAGAGAAAGAACAAGGAGAGACGGGAGGAGCUCAAGGCGAUGUUGAGGAAUAGGUUCAAGCCCGUGCAGGAAGGCACGGUGGAAGAAAGGGUCCUUGCAUUUCGACAGUGGGGGUUCGUCAAGGACUACCGCCUUGGUUUCGAGACUCUGACCUCACCUCUCACAGGCAUGCCAAAGGCAUUGCUAGAGGGCCAUUGUAUCAACGGAAUAGAGCCGGUCAUCCGAGCCGAGAAGAGGGUGUCGAGGCCAAUUGGGCUGGAGCAGAUGAUGGACCUAGCCCAACCAAUUGAGGAGAUGAAUCUGGUGAUUCGUGGAAGCAUUUUUGGACCCGGCCCAAACAAAGGUCAGGCCCCUUCGUCCCCAAUUUCGAAUCACCAGUGGGUAGUGAUAUUGCCUCCUCUGAUGAUGGCACAAAAAUCGGUGAUGCCCAGCCCCGCCUCAUCACACUGGCCUCCGGCUGUCGCUAAGGUGACGGGUGAGGAGUUGGGAGUGGCGGUGUUGGCUGACGAGGAGAAGACAGACACAGCAACACGGUGUUUUGAGGGUGCUGCACUUCCAUGGGCCCAGUGGGAGCAAAGGAGACGAAGAGAGAUUCGUGUGGGUAAGAAAGCAAACCUGAAAGACGAAGCCAUAGGGCGCCGCCAUCACAUCUCUGCUCAAGCAAUGGCGAAGAAGAAAAAGCCAGUGACUAGACAACCACAAGAUGACAGCAAAAGCGUCAAGAAGAAACGCAGGAAGAAGAAGAAUCUUCAGAAAUACAAAGCUUAAGUCCCAACCAAAGACACUGCGAUGCCAAUUUAGUCCGAUUCGGACGCUGACGAUGAUUCCUCCUCCGGUGAGACCAAGCCUGAGAAGAUUCAAAAACUUCUCGAGCCCUACACUAGGUACCAGCGUAUUAACUUCCUUGUCGGCGCCGCCGUGCCCGACGCUUUCCUCUGCACUCGCUUCCGCGAUGCCGCGGAUCACGACAUAUCUCGUCGCAAGCUCGUCGUCUACGGCCUCACACGGGACACGAAGCGAGAAACUUUAGUCUCUACCUUCGAGUCAUACGGCGAGAUUGAGGAUUGCAAAGUCAUCUUCGACCGGGUCAUGGGCAAGACCAAGGGCUACAGCUUCGUCCAAUUCAAGACGAGGCAGGAAGCGGCCAAGGCAUUAAAGCAGCCGAGGAAAAAGAUCAAGAAUCUGAUGUCAAGUACGACAGUUCUGGUAACGUCCAAGGAGGGCAUCGUACCAAUGAUUGGGGCACCAUCAAGGGUCCAGCAAUCUUCUACCACUUUUGAUGAGAACAAUCUGGAGGACAUUUACAAUCUCCUUCAUUUUUUGAGAGGGAAACCAUGAGGGAAGUGGGCAUGGUGGAAUAAACUUGUCCAAAGGCCUUUCGAGGAAGGUGAUGAGAGAGGACUUAAGUUGGUGCAGUCAAUUUUGAGGCCAAUUAUGUUAAGAAGAACGAAAUUUAGCAUAGACCGAGAUGGCAGGCCAAUUAUUGUUCUUCCGCCAGCAGAAAUUAAGGUGAUUUAUUGUGAACUCACAGAGGCUGAAAAAGAUUUCUACAAGGCCUUGUUUAAAAGAUCCAAGGUGAAAUUUGACCAAUUUGUUGAGCAAGGACGAGUUCUCCAUAACUAUGCUUCUAUUCUGGAACUACUAUUGCGUCUUCGCCAGUGCUGCGACCACCCAUUUCUUGUGAUGAGCCAAGGUGAUACUCAAGAGUAUUCGGAUUUGAAUAAGCUUGCCAAGCAGUUCCUUAAGGUUGAUCGGGAAGUGGGGCCCAGGUGGGAGAAGUUUCAGUGACCAUACUGGAGGGCACAUUUGUUAACAGGUUGAAGCCAAAAAUCAGGACAGAAGUUAAGGUGUUACGGCCAUCAGGUUUAUUGCAAAUCAGGGAGAUUGCCCAGCGAAUUGAAGACAAGAUUCACAUACUCCAAGCCCAAGUGGGUCCUGGACCACCUGGGAGCCCUACGAUUCAGCAACAAUUUCCUAUUUUUCACCUUGAGGCAUAGUUAUCAAA